AUGGCUUCCGCUGCCUCCGCCGCCGCCGUGCCGCCGAUCGCAUCGGCUCCCGCUGCCGCCGCCGUUGCGCCGGCUCCUGCCGUCGCCGUGGCUGCUCCGGCCGCUGCCCCUGCCUCGCCCUUCCUCGCCUCCCGGCCGCUCGCCAUGUGUUGGCCAGCUCCCGGCGUCGCACCUCCGGGUGCCCUAGCUGGGUCGGCCUCUUCAUCCGCCGCCGCCGGCCCCGGUGCUGAGGGUGAUCCGUCGCCGCCGAUCGCCCACGGUGGAUUGUCUUCCUCGACCAACGCGCCUUUGCCGCCGUAUGGUGGCCCUCUGCGGCCGCCGGCCUACGGCGCCCAGUAUGCGCCGAUCUACGGCGUCGCCUCUUCAUCGCACUACGGUGCUCCGUCGCCACCGUCUGGCUGGCCGGCGCCACCUCACGGUGCGCUGCCCUCGUAG